AUGCAGUUCCUCACGCUCAUCACUAUUGCCUUCUCUACGGCCGCCACUGCCCUUGCCGCUCCCCCUAGCGAGCACGGCCCAUGGCACCACGGCACGCCUAGCGCCGCCAUUGCUCUCGCCAAGUCUUCUGCCACCAAGACUUCGAGCAAGACUCACUCUGUCACUGCCACCGCGACAUCGGCUACUACGGCUGCCACCUCAACGACCACCUAUCUCUCGGGUACCAACACUGGUGACGGCACCUACUAUGCGACCGGUCUCGGCGCAUGCGGCUGGACCAACAGUGACACCGACUACAUCGUUGCCGUCUCAAAGGACCUGUACGACAACUACCCCGGUGCUACCGAUGACACCAACUCGAACCCCGUCUGCGGCCAGAAGAUCACCGCUUCCUACAAUGGCAACAGCGUCACAGUGGAGGUUGUCGACCGUUGCGAGGGCUGCUCGCUCACGUCGCUCGACUUCUCGCCUUCCGCAUUCACUCAGCUCGCUGACGAGAGUGUCGGUCUUCUCGAGGGCAUGACCUGGACCUGGGCCUGA